GAUAGAUCCAAUCAAGAUAGAUCCAAUCCGAAUCCAAGCCCACAAAGAAGAACAAGAACAAGAACAAGAACAAGAACAAGAACAAGAACAAGCACCAGCACCAGCCGAGACCGAACACGAUCCACGCUCUGCCAAGCGACACGCACCACUCCGAAACAAGGCAAACCGACGCGACGCGACGCGACACCAUGGAGGACUCCCAUCAGAGAGACGAAAGCCCCCGAGGCGGCGGCUGGUACGGGACCGACCCCGUGGUGCUUGUCCUGUCCGCCAGCACGGUCCUCUUGGCGUCCUACUUCCUCUUCCUCUUCCUGAAGUUCCGGAUCCCGAAGAAGACKGCCGUUGCGUUGGAGAUCGCCCGCAUGGACCAGGACGAGARGCGCGAGUACUACCUCUACCUCUUCCGGGAGAACGGAGGGGAGUUCGAGCUGACCGAGGACCAGGUCGUCCUCGGAAAGCGCAGGGAAGAAGCCGAAACCGAAGCCGAAACCGAACAAGACACCAAGGACAGCGACACCGAAGAAAACGACAGCGACGACGCCUCGUCUUGUUCCGUCUAUCUGUCGCUGUGUUUGGAACAGCCGGGCUCCGGAGGCGCAAGCCAGGGCCGCAAGGCAAGAGCCGGCGAAAACAUCGAAGCCGGGCUUGCAACAACAAAGCGGGCAGAAGUGCAAAAGCAGACACAAACACAAACACAAACACAAGCGCCGAAGCAAACCCAGCCCUUGCUCGUUCGGGGCCAGUGCGUCGUCUGCUUCGAGCCCUUUCUCCCCGGGGAAAGGGUCGUCCGGUCCGUCCCCGGAAGAGAAGCGUCUGCGUCCGCGUCCGCUUCGGGCGGGAGGGGCUGCCCCCACGUCUUCCACAAGGACUGCCUCGUGGGCUGCCUGGUCCACCGGCCCAAGCCGGCCUCGGGAGGGGAGCCGCUUCCGGCCUGCCCGACCUGCCGCCGGGGAUUCUGCGACCUGCUGCCGCCCCCGCGCGAGAGAAGGUGCUUUCCCGUCCGCUAGCGGGGGGAACGAAACGAAACGA